ACGGGUCACAUUAUACUCUACCCUUUUGAAGGAUAUAUUCACCCAACUUGCUCAACCCCACUACACUUUUCUUCCAUCUUAUAAGGAGCUUCUAUCAUGAUCUCUCUCACACACCGCACCUUGACUUGAAGUAACCUUUUGAGAGAAAAAGUCCAUCUAUUCCCUUCCAUCAUCGUUUCGAUUUAUACAACCUUCUCUCAAAUUCAGUCACAGGCAUAUUUCUUUUAAGUUUUAGCCUGCCAUUCACCUGAGCUUGUCGAUAAAUCCUCUGUUUUCAAUAGUUGCAUUUGGAUUUUCAUCAAAUGGCAUCCCAUUCUCUCAGUUCUUCACGUAGCUCUAACUCCUCCUGGACACCUAAGCAAAACAAAAUGUUCGAGAAGGCUCUGGCUAAAUAUGAUCAGGACACUCCUGACCGCUGGAUUAAUAUUGCUAAAGCUGUGGGUGGAAAGUCAGCUGAGGAAGUCAAGCAGCACUAUGAGAUCCUAGUCAGGGAUGUCAAAGAGAUCGAGUCUGGACGGUACCCUUAUCCAUAUCCAAGUGGGAGCAGCAACUAAAGCAGUGAGUUAUCAGCUUACCGUAUCCAAAGGGUUCUCUGAAGGGUCAAAGAUCAUAGUGAAAGAACAUUAUAUUAUGCAACCAGAGACCUCAAUUGCAGGAAGACUAUUAUAGAAUAUUCCCCAGAAAAAUAUUAUUAUUUGCUUUAUUUAUCUUUUGUAUUUUUCUUUGACCUUGUCUAGUUAGAUUAAAUGUUAAAUAUAUUUUAUUGAUAUUUA